UAGAGCUGUAUGCUGUUAGCAUGCACAAACAAAUUAAGUACUCAUCAAAGCAUCUCACUGAAUCUGUCGCCAAUGGCGACCUCUCUUCCUGCUUGUAUUGAGUAAUGCUUUUGUCGUGCCACCUGCACACAGGGAUUGCCCACGUUCGGUGAUCCUCCGAGUUCUUUUCUUUCUCCAGUUUCCCUCCCACCUUCCCUUCCUGUCUCUCGUGGCUGGCUUCAGAAACCUGUCACCCUCUAUUAAUGCCUCGCGAAGAGUCAGAUUACCAGCAACCCAUAGCACACGCAGUUCCGUUCAUUCCACUCGUAAGAAAGAAGCCAAAUGGCCGUGAAAGUUGGCUUUAUCUCUCUCUUCUGCAGAAAGGGAGACGCGAGACCGCUCUCUUCUCCUCCUGCUUCAUGGCUUUGGCCCUCUUGCAAGCACCCAACGACCCACUCCUUCAGAAAGGAAGACGGCGCUGAAGUUUCCGACGGCGCUGAAGUUUCCGACGGCUUGGGUUCAUCGUACUUGGACUUAACCGAAUCGUGCUUCUCGACGGCGUCGGAGGACGACUCAGCGGCCGAGGGCGUGGAGGCCGUGGUAGUUCGAGGGCUACGAUCGGACCGGCUCUUCUUCGAGCCGGACAGCACGAGCUCGAUAACGGGGGCGGCGGCGGCGGCUGCCAAGACUGAGAGCCUUCCCUUCGAAGGAAGCAUCGCCAUGGAAGUGGAGUCGGAGGACCCGUACUGGGAUUUCAGGUGGUCCAUGGAAGAGAUGGCGAUGGCCCAUGGACUGGUGGAUGUGCAGUGGCUCGAGGAGAUGCUGUGCUGGUACUUGAAGAUGAACGAGAAGAGGUGUCACGGGAUCAUAGUCGAGGCCUUUCUGGAUUUGCUUCUGAGCCUCGCUUGUUCUAUUACGCCUGGGAUGGAGGAUGGGGAAGACGAUGUAUAUUAAUAUCACAGUGUGUUUUGAUCCUCGACAAGAUUUAUAGGGUUACUGUUCGAUGCAU